AUGAGACGUACAAGAAGAGCCACAGCUACUAGACCAACUUCAACUAGAAGAAAUUUAAGAAGUACUAUGGUUGGGAAUUUAAAAGCUGCUUUUCAACAAAGAGAUUCAACUCAAGUAGUGUUGAAUGCUACUGAAACAGUACAAUUAGCUAUUCCAGCAAAUACUAAUGGUGCUACAACUGUAAUGAAUGUUACUAAAUUACUUUGCGGCAUGGAAUUCUUCCAAUAUUAUGCUGGAAUGUAUGAUCAAUUUAAAAUAGAUGGAGUGUCAGUGUCAGCUGAAAUUGUUUACAAUACAUUUGGUCAAGCUGCAAUGACAUUUCCUAAUGUUAUCACUGCAUGGGAUAGAAAUGGUAUAGAUAAAGCAGUAGCAAGUCAAGUAACACAAGAAGGACAAAGUGUAUUAAGUAAUGUACCAAUAGUACCAGGUCCUUAUCAAGUGAGUUCAUAUUCAAGUGCAGUAAGUAGAGCAUAUUAUCCAGGAGCUAGAUGGGUAUUACAAGAAGACCUUUUGCAUCUUCAUUACAAGAGAAGAGUAUUUAUCUUCCAACAGUAA